AUGGCUAGUUCUAAUCCUACAAAUAUCAUCAAUGAUACCAACGAUCACAACACAUCUUGCUCCAACAAUAACAAGUUGUACAAAGGAGUGAGGAAGAGAAAAUGGGGAAAAUGGGUAUCUGAAAUUAGGCUUCCAAAUAGCCGUGAGAGAAUAUGGCUAGGAUCAUAUGACACACAAGAGAAAGCUGCAAGAGCAUUUGAUGCAGCCCUUUAUUGUCUACGUGGUCCUCAAGCUAGUUUCAAUUUCCCUAAUACACCUCUUACCAUUAUCAAUGUAGGUGUUGCUCAUAUUAACUCUCUUUCACCACAAGAGAUUCAAGAAAUUGCAGCUAGGUUUGCCAACGAGUACGCGCCGCCGCCGCCGAUUGAGUUGAGCACUACUCAUGAAGAAGAAGAAGAUCAACAAGUACCAUUGUUAGAGGGUGAUUUGAGGAGGAUGGAUUGGACUUUUGAGGAUAUGUUGGAUGACAUGAAUGGAGUUGCUAAUGGCUCUCAUUUUGGCUAUUAUGGACUAGAAAAGAUGCAAUACUCGAGUGAGAUACAAUAUUCUAAUCAACUUUUUGAGGAGGAGACUGUGGACCAAAUUGAAUGUGAAGAUUCUUUCUCAAACCAUUCUUUACUUUGGAGUUGGAACUUUUGA